AUCUCAGUCUACAUCAACAGCGAGUGGUGUAUCAACUUAUGCUAGUUCCUUGUUAAGAACCACCACAACCAAUUCCAGCGAUUUUUUAUGCCAUAGAGAAACAUUUUGUCUAUCACCUGAAGAUGAAGAUGAUACUGAAGUUGAUGAUUUAAAACCUUUACCGAUAGCAGACUUGGAAAAGGAGGAAUCACCAAUAAAUACUGAAAGUAUAAAAGUUGAAAACAAAAGCGACGAAAACGGAAAUAUUGGUACAGAGGAGAGAAGUGCUGAGUAUUUAUACUAUAAUUUUGAAUUGAAAUCAGUUGAACAUAACGUUAGUCAGCUUAACCCAUCAUCAGCUUUGCAUGAGUCUGCAGACUCAUACUUAAACUCAACAACUAAUUUUCUCGAAGAUAAAGCUCCUAAAGUAGAAAAUAUAGAGUUUAUUGCUCCCACACCACCUGUAAAAACCAAAAAAUCACAUCAUAAAAAGAAAAAAUCUCAAAAAAAACUAAAGAAGAAAUCAAAGGAACAUCGUCGACGUCAUAAAUAUACAACUAACAAUUGUAGUAAUAGCAAUCAAAGUGUGAGCAACAGCAGCAGUCACAAUAGUGGCAAGAGUCAUCAUUCGCAUCGUGCGCGCAAGCAUCGAAAUCAUGUGCAUGCGACUUCUCUAAGUCCAGAAGACAAGGAGAAUUUCUGUCGACGUCGUUUAAGUUCCAGUGAAGUUAUUGACGUCGAUUUGCACGCUACAAGUGCUGCUCACAAUAGUGAAGUACACGAUCUUGUAACGAAUUUAUCAACAACUGCACAACAGCAGGCCAUAAUCAAAAGGGAGCAAGUUGGUAGCGAUAUUGUGCAGGAAAUGGCACCGACAACUAAUACCAAAUUGCCUGGCAGGCAAACAAAUAAUUCGCUUUCUUCUCUGACGGGAAAUAUUUUUAUACCACCACCUUCUUUGCAACAGUCCAAAGGUAACAGCAAAUCAAAAACAAGUAAAGCAGUGACGAGCAAGAAACAAAAAUCGUCCAACGCAUCAACCGCCACAUCCUCCACGGCGGAUACGAGUAGUGGAUCGAAUGAGAAAACCAGCAAUAGCAAUGCUGCUGCAGGCAGUAGCACUGGAAGUAACAAGAAGAAAGCUGUCGUUGCAUCUACUUCGCAGAAGCCUCCUACCGAAGAUUUUACUGAAACGGAUGAAGUAUUACAAAUUGGUAUGCACAAAGUGCUCGUCUAUGUUAAGAAUCAUCGCGACGCUUGGCCAUUCAUGGAUCCAGUUGAGGAAGAUAUAGCGCCUCGUUAUUACUCUAUUAUACGCAGGCCAAUGGAUUUGUUGAAAAUGGAAGAUAAAUUGGAUAGUGGUGAAUAUAACAGCUUUCGUGAUUUUCGCAAUGAUUUUAAAUUAAUUGUUAAUAACUGUCGUCUAUAUAAUGGCCAUCAUAAUGAAUAUACGGAAAUGGUAAACAAUUUACAAGAUGCUUUUGAUAAGGCAACAAAGAAGUAUUUUGAGAAUUUGUCUGAUGACGAUGAUGAUGAGUUUAACUUAGCUUAUCCUACUGCAGAUACCAAAAUGAAUGUAUUUCGUGAGAAAUAUAUGAAAAAGUCAAAGGAAUCGAAUGCAGUAGGAGCAGUGGAUAAAGUUGCAUCACAUAAGAGUACACAUAAGAAGAAAACAAGUAAAAAAGAUAAUAGCAUAGACGAUGAUGAAGAUCAAGAUGAUGCAACUAGUGAAGAUAUUGAUAUGGAUGAGGAACGUGAACAGAAAGGCAACAAGCGUAAACGCAAAGAGAAAGAUAAAAGACACAAGAAAAAGUUGAAAACAAAAAAUGUAGAAGAAAAUUCUUUAUCUGAUUUGGAUGAUGAUGAAAUUAUUCAAAAGGAUAUUGUGAAAAACAUAAAAAGUAGUAUUGAAAAUAAGGAUGAAGAAAUUUUAGAAAAAGUGAACGUAGAGAAAAUAAGUAAAAGUAAAUUAAUGAAAGAAUCUGCAAAAAAGAAUAAAAAACAGAAGAUUGAAAAAGUGGGUAAAUCCUCAAAGUCUUCUAAAACAAAGCAACAUAGCAAAUCUAAAAAAGGUGCGAGAAAAUCUUCUAAACAUAAACAUCACAUUUCAGAUGCGUCUGAUUUGUCUGAAGAUGAAUCGACAUAUUCCACAGAUACACAGCACGAGACCGAUGAUGAUGAGGAUGAUGAAAAUUAUGAAGUCAAUAAUAGCAAAAAAUCAAAAUACAAAAAUAGUAAAGAAAAUGUGAUUGGCACCAAAAAACAAUCUGCCAUAAAACAUUCACAUGCUUCGACAUCAGCCGCUGCGCUUAAACGACAGAACAAAGCUAAAAAUACUAAAUCGAAAGUGAAAUCUAAAGCCUCAGUCAGUGAAAGCGACCAUUUAAGUAGUGAUUGUGAAAAACCUCUAAAAGCCAAAAAUGUAGGUAGUGAUUUCCCACCACCAGCUGCCGCAGCGCUUGCAGCUUCAGCGUCGGAAUUAGAAGAGGAUAUGGAUGACAGAGAUUUUGAUUCGCGUUCACGAAGUAUGUCUCCUUUUAAAGUUGAUUUACAUAAAAAAUACUCAAAAAGUGCACUUAAUGAUGAUCUCUCCGAGUUGUUAACAACAGUUAAAAAGGUUCCCGGUUCUAAAAAUUUUGGAAAAAGCUUAGAAUUUUAUAAAGAAGAAGAUUCCAAAUCGGCAUCUAGUCGUAAUUCAUCAGUUUCACGUGGUUCUAGUGCUGAACGCAAGAAACAGAAACCAACGCAAUCUAAAACUCGUAAUGCGAAGAAAAAGGCAGAAAGCCCAAAGGUGGAGAAGUCACCCAGUAGUAAAUCAGGAAAGAAGACAACUGAACCGCGUCCUUCCACUACUACAGAGGAAGAGUUAGAGAUGUUAAUGCCCUACUUGGAUAAGUAUGAACUAAUUAAGUUCAGACGUAGUAGGGGUAUGCCAGCUAAAAACACUCAACCAGCGGUCGCUUCGACCGCUAAAGAUAGCAAAGCAACUAAAGAAACGAGUACAAAGAAACAAGAUACUACUAAAGCGGUAGAAAAAGAAAAAGAAAAAGAAAAAGAAAAGGCAAAGCCAACUCAAGAAAAGAAACGUGGACGAAAACCAAAAAAUGCUGUAAAAAAUAUAAAAAAAAACGACACGGUCGAAAAAAAAGAUACACCACCAACAACAAAAACAAUAAAAACAACAAAAACAACAAAACCAGUAGAUAAAACAUCCAAAACAGCAAAAAUUAUACCAGAUAAAUCUUCAAAACCCGUUGAUGUAGUUGAAAGCGUUCAUAGUGUUAAAGAUAUAAGUGAUAUUAGUGAUGAUGGGGCGGAAAAUGAGAGUUUGCAAAAGCUUGUCGAAAAAAAAGACGAAAAACAAUCUCCGAACAAAACUACAGCGAAUAAAGCGAAGGAGAAAAAAAUAACUGGUGGAGAAAAGUCACCAAAUAAGAAAAAAGAAAAGACAAAAGUA